UCCUCCAGGCCCCACGCCCCACCACGACCCUCGGGAACCUUCUGAAGUCCUCGCCCACCGUCCUCCGCGCCCAUGAUCCCAGGACCCGGCCCCACCAACAGCACCCCAGACGGGGGGUCCCGGCCGCCGUCGGAGCCCGGCGGCAGCGGCUGGGUGGCGGCCGCACUCUGCGUGGUCAUCCUACUGACCGCGGCGGCCAAUGCGCUGCUCAUCGCGCUCAUCUGCACGCAGCCCGCGCUGCGCAACACGUCCAACUUCUUCCUGGUGUCGCUCUUCACGUCGGACCUGAUGGUGGGGCUGGUGGUGAUGCCGCCCGCGAUGCUGAACGCGCUGUACGGGCGCUGGGUGCUGGCGCGCGGCCUGUGCGUGCUCUGGGCCGCCUUCGACGUGAUGUGCUGCAGCGCCUCCAUCCUCAACCUCUGCCUCAUCAGCCUGGACCGCUACCUGCUCAUCCUCUCGCCGCUGCGCUACAAGCUGCGCAUGACGCCCGUGCGCGCCGUGGCGCUGGUGCUGGGCGCCUGGAGCCUAGCGGCGCUGGCCUCCUUCUUGCCCCUGUCGCUGGGGUGGCAUCAGGCCGGCCAGGCGCGGGCGCCCGCCUCGGGGCAGUGCCGUCUGCUGGCCAGCCUGCCCUUCGUCCUGGUGGCGUCGGGGCUCACUUUCUUCCUGCCUUCGGGCGCCAUCUGCUUCACCUACUGCAGGAUCCUGCUGACCGCCCGCAAGCAGGCCGUCCAGGUGGCUUCGCUCCAAACUGGGGCCGGCCAGGCGGUGGAUACGCUGCAGGUACCCAGGCUCUCAUACCCAGGCUCAGAGUCAGCGGACAGCAGGCGUCUGGCCACCAAGCACAGCAGGAAGGCCAUGAAGGCCAGCCUGACCCUGGGCAUCCUGCUGGGCAUGUUCUUUGUGACCUGGCUGCCCUUCUUCGUGGCUAACAUCGUCCAGGCGGUGUGCGGCUGCAUCUCCCCGGGCCUCUUCGACAUCCUCACGUGGCUGGGUUACUGUAACAGCACCCUGAAUCCCAUCGUCUACCCGCUCUUCAUGCGGGACUUCAAGCGGGCCCUAGGCCGGCUCCUGCCAUGCGCCCACUGUCCCCGGGAGCAGCGGGCUAGCCCGGCUUCGCCAUCGAUGCGCGCCUCCCACAGUGGUGCCCGGCCGGGCCUCAGCCUGCAGCACGUGCUGCCCCUGCCCCUGCGCCCCGACUCUGAGUCCGAAUCCUGCUCGGGCAUUUCCUCGGGCCUGCAGCCUGCGGCGGCGCACCUCCUGCUGCCAGGCCAGGCUGCCCGUGAUCCCCCGCUGCCCGCCAGGGCCGCCGCCGCCACCGUCAGCUUCUCCAGCAUCCACCCCGCUGAGCCCGAGCUUCUGCGGCUGCCCCCGCCCGGAACCCCCACAGACUGACCCGCAGGGAGCUGCCCGGGAUGGGGCUGAGCUGUGGA